CCACGGCGGCCGCGGGAGGUGACGUCUGCCUGCGCAAGGCAGCUCCUGCGGGGCCGGUGCCGGCGGAUGCUCCGACCCGCUGCCGCCCCAGUGUGGGAGGCCGUGCUCGGCCCCGAGCGGUGCCGGGCGCGCUCCCCGCUCACACGUGUCCCCGCGGGGUGGGAGACUUAGGCGGGUGCCCAAGGAAGAGAAGCCAGGCCGUGGGGGGGGGGGCACACACGUGGCCCCUGCGGGACGUAUGUGGACACGUGCGUGGCUGGAGUCGCCAUCGCCUGGCGGGGGACUGCGUGGCCGUCCGGGCCCCGUCUGGAUCCCCUCCAGCGGCACUGGGAGCUGAACCGGCCUCCGAGCGGAGCCCUGACCCCCUCGUCCCGCGCCCCCUUUGUCUGCGAGUUGGGGCCCCUGCAGCCUGCGGGACCGAAAGCGCCUCCCCGAGGGGCCGGGGCCGGGGGAGACGGAACGGGGAGCAAAUGGCCAGUCCCAGACUCUGAGCCUCACUCCCACCGCCCUUCGUGGGGGCUGGGGAGCUCAGGCGUUUCGCUCGCGGAGAUUUCAUCUCUGGGGGCCUGGAGGUAGCAGCGUCGUCCUGUGGGUGGUCUCUGAGCUGCGCUGCCCACAGCCUUGUCCUCCAGCGCAGUUGAGCCGGCUGGCACACAGGGAGGGCUGACAGCUCUGGGGCCUCAGGCCGGGCUGGGGCGGCUGUGUUUCUAUGGCAACGUGGGGGUGCCAGGGGAGGGCCCUCCCAGCUGUCCCUUGCCCUGGAGGUGGGAACCACUGAGUGAGGGCAGAAAAAGGAGGGCUCAGGGUCCAGAGGACCCCUUGCCCCCCCCCCGCCCCCCACAGAUCCCCUCUCCCCCCCACUAUCCUCAGCUCUGCGGCUGGUCUCCCCCUCUCCAGCUUGCAGAGCUAGAUGGAGGGUCUUCAGGCCUGCCAGUCUUCCUGGAACAGCUGCUUCCCUUCCCACCUUGGAGAGUCUCUCUGACUUCCCGCACCCCCGACAGGAGCAGGCUCUCACUCAGUCCCCAGAGGGCGGGCUGUAGACCCUGCCCCCAAGGCCCUGGGACAGCAGAGUGAGUCAGCUGUGGCCAGUCUACACCUGGAGGGUGGGGGGUGGGGUAGGGCAAGAGGUUCAGGUUGAAGUGCAAAGGUCAGACUCCUCUGCAGGCUGGGGCCCAGAGGAGCAGGUCCCUGGCCCUGAGGCCCUGGAUGGGGUGGGGGGCAGCUUCGCAGGGCAGAGGGCUCUGGGAGUGCCGGUGCCCAGGCCAUCUGGAUCUGCCAGGUGAACAGGCCUUUGGGGAGCAGUCAGUGGCUUCUGAGACCCAGCCACCUCUUCCCCGGCCUUUUCAGAAGACAUGCUCCAGCAUGAGCUUUCCCCGAAACACACUGCCCCCCGCAGCACACAGUCCCCACAGAGCCACCUCCACCCCACGGCAGCAGCUUUCUCUUGCCUGCACACAGAGAGAGCCCUAUUCUUGGGGUCCCUGGGCCCCAGACAGAUCAAGCCUGCAGACUGCAAACAGAAACCCAUGGGGCAGCUAGGGACUUGGGGGCCGGGGGCUGGGGUCCCUGUGAACAGGCUGAGUGGCUUGGCUAGGUCGGCCCGAGUCAGACCCAUAGGCCCAAGGGGGCUCGGAGGCCAGUCCCUGCCUCCCAGAAGCUGUCGCACCCCUUCUUAUCCCUUCUCCCAUCGUUGCCAGGAGGCUCAUCCCGCCCAAAGUGAAAGAGAAAGUCACCCCCCUCCCCAGGCCCGCCCCUCCCCGCCCCGCAGCCAAUCCCCACAGCCGGCACCUCCCUCGGCCGCUGGUUCGCCUCCUGGAGCCCGCAGGCUGUAGUCUCCGAGGAGGAGCCGAGGAGGAGCCGGUCCUGUGCAUCUAGGGGUGAGCGGGACCAGGUGGGCUGGGGGCAGCGGCCGGCAGGGCUGGCGAAGAGGCGGGGGCAGCCUGGCCCAGGAGAGCUGAGGUGAAGGUCACCAGUCCUAGGACGGAUGGCAGGACGCCGAGUUGGUUUUGAAAUUGCCCUGAAAGCCGAGGGCCGCCCUCCUCCUCCACCUCCGCUGUCUGGCGUCCACCUCGGCUCCUACCUGGGUGCUCCCGAGUUAAAUGGCUGAGAAGCAGAUCAGCCUGCCAGCCAAGCUCAUCAACGGCGGCAUCGCCGGGCUGAUCGGGGUCACCUGCGUGUUCCCCAUCGACCUGGCCAAGACGAGGCUGCAGAACCAGCAGAAUGGGCAGCGCAUGUACACCAGCAUGUCCGACUGCCUCAUCAAGACUAUCCGCUCAGAGGGCUACUUCGGGAUGUACCGAGGAGCUGCUGUGAACCUCACCCUCGUCACCCCCGAGAAGGCCAUCAAGCUGGCAGCCAACGACUUCUUCCGGCAUCAGCUCUCCAAGGACGGGCAGAAGCUGACGUUGUUGAAGGAGAUGCUGGCGGGCUGCGGCGCGGGCACCUGCCAGGUGAUUGUGACCACCCCCAUGGAGAUGCUGAAGAUCCAGCUCCAGGACGCAGGCCGCAUCGCCGCCCAGAAAAAGAUCCUGGCUGCCCAUGCUCGGCUCUCGGCCCAGGGGGCUGCCCAGCCCUCGGUGGAAGCGCCAGCCACCCCUCGACCCACGGCCACCCAGCUGACCCGGGACCUGCUGCGGAGCCGAGGAAUCGCGGGCCUCUACAAGGGCCUGGGGGCCACGCUGCUCAGGGACGUCCCCUUCUCCAUCGUCUACUUCCCACUCUUCGCCAACCUGGACCAGCUGGGCCGGCCAGCGUCCGGGGAGAAGUCUCCUUUCUAUGUGUCCUUCCUGGCCGGCUGUGUGGCCGGAAGCGCGGCCGCCGUGGCCGUCAACCCCUGUGACGUGGUCAAGACCCGGCUCCAGUCGCUCCAGCGCGGCGCCAAUGAGGACACCUACUCGGGGAUCCUGGACUGUGCCAGGAAGAUCUUACGGCACGAGGGCCCCUCGGCCUUCCUGAAGGGCGCUUACUGCCGCGCCCUGGUCAUCGCCCCGCUGUUCGGCAUCGCUCAGGUGGUCUACUUCCUGGGCAUCGCCGAGACCCUGCUGGGGCUGCAGCGCAGCCAGCCCUGAGCCCAGCGGCCGCCCUCCACCCUCCAGCCGCGAGGGACCAGAGUGGGGCCAGAGCCAGGCGGCGCUCCCAGGAUGCAGCAGGAGGCUCUCCCCACGCGGCCGGGGGUGGGGCGGGCGAGAGCAAGGGGAGCAGAGUCCACUCGGUGUUGCACACAUAGGCCGGGCAGGGUCCUGCCUGCCGACCGCUGGGAUCAACGUCUUAGUUGUGUAGAAAACGCAAACAUCCGUACAUUCCGGGUGCCAGCCUCGCCCCACCUCCGCUCCAGCCUGGACUCCCUCAGCGACAGAGCUGGUCUCUGGGCUGGGGGUCUCCAGGCCGGACUGGGCGAGCUGGACCCUACCCUCCAGUCUACCAGCUCCCGUCCCCGAGGCUUGGCCCCUAGUCCACAGAGGGGACCGUGCACAAACCUAUUUAUUAACUUGACGAGCACAAGUGGCUCUGUCCAUUCCUCUGUCUGUCCGUCCAGCCUCCCCUGCUGCUGUUCUUGCCUCGGCCAGCCUUACAGGAGCUUUGGGCUCUCCUGCGGCGCCCCUCCCCCCCGAUACUGAGCCAGGAAUCCUAGGCUGGGGGUCACCUCGAGUUCUGACUCCCAGGACAGGUCCACCACCCCCACUGUGGGACCCAGCAUCCCUCCUGAUGGGCCCCUCUGCCCCCCGCGGCUAGGGGCCCCGAGCAUGUGAGGUCUGCGUGUGUGUAUGAAUGUUGCGGGGAGCAGCUGGAGGCAACGCUCAGCUGGCCUGGCCCACCAGGGAGGGGGCUCUGGGGAGCUGCUGCCCUCCCACGAGGCCAGGCAGAGAGAGUGUGCGUGUGGGUGUGUACACACAGCCUAGGCUCCCCACUGACCCCGUCCAGGAAGUCAUUGCUGCAGCCCGGCCUCUCCUGCUGCACCUUUGGCAGACACCCCCCCCCCAAUCCAGGGCUGGGCAUGGGGGAGGGCAGUCACGAGGACCAGUAUGGAGCCUGAGGGCAUUUGCUCUGCUCGCAGGGGCACCAGGAGCUGUCCCUUCAGUCUCCCCAGGGCCCACUCUGCUCUCUGGGCCUCUGCACAAGGCCCCCGACCACACUUAGUAAAACUCUGCCCUCCCAGCCCCCACCCCCCCUUGAUGUUGUGAGUCGAGGCAGGCUCCCUGCCCUGCCCCGCCCCCAGCCACGUGAUCGUGUUGGUGAUUGAUGCUGACGUGCUGGUGCUGUGUCCCCCACCCGGGCCCCUCUUCAGUGGCCCCUUCCUGGAGACACUACCUGGGGCUCAGGCCUGGGCCCCCAGUUCACGGUUGUUCCUGGGAGCUGCUCUCCCGCUACAUCUGUACCUUGGAAGCUGCCGCUGCUGCUUACAGAAUUCUAUUUUUUCUUUCGAAGAGUUUUAAGAAGUUGUAACUUUUUGUGUCUGGUCAUGUAAGGAGAUAAAUAAAUAUUCUACGUAGAUGCCUCUAA